GAUUAUGUCACAGUGGAUAACCUUUUACUUUAAUAAUUGGUGAUAUUUCCCAUUUAUAACUUUUAAAAACAGUAGGGAAAACAGCUGUAUUUUGGAACAUGGUUGCUGCAAGUAUAAGAUUUUUUAAGGAAGUCAUCUUCCAUUGACCAGCUGGUCCAGGCUUGGAUUAGCUUAGAUUAACUAAAUUCUUUGUUGGACCAGUUUUGAUCUGCUCAUGACCAUCUUGAAACAGCUUGGACCAACUUCGACCUGUUUAUAACCAAUUUAUGACAUGUUCCAAAACACAGCACCACACCAGCAGCGUUAACCAGCAUGGAACUUUUUAGAAGCAUAAAAACAUAACAUUGCAGCGAAUUAUUUGCUAUGUAUGCUCAUGUAAAAAUGUGUGCUUUUUGUUUAUCACAGGAUGCCCGGGUCCACACUAAAAAUUUGCAGGUCAUGCAAUGCCCACAUUUCAGUGGCUUGCAAAACCUGCAAACGCUGCGGGCAAAAACAACAAAUGAAAAAUUCAGUAAAACAAUCAAAAGAAAAAAUAAAUGACAAGUGGGUCAAAAAUAUGAAAGGUGGAAAUAAUUUUUGCAAACUCCUAAAUUCUGCAAAUGUUUUGAUUCACAAAAUGCAUGCCUUAGGCAGAUACCUGCUUCUUCUUUUGGGGAAGAGGAAUGCAUCUGGAAACUUUUCAACUGAUGUGAUAGUCACAGACAAUUCUAUUGUAUCACCAGAGGAGGUGUCCAUAGAAACAAUUAAAAACAUUUUUACAAGUCUUUUAAAAGUGAAAUAUUCUGCCCAGGACAGUGGAGAUGCUUUGGAUGAAACAUGCAUCCAAAGCAUGUCGUCCAGUGAGGAAAAAGGGGAUGAUCCCAGUGGCAGCACUGGUGAGGAGGUUGUUACAUUAGUGCUGACUCCAGUGGAACUCUCAUGUGAACCCUCUCACAAAAAGAGGAUCCUGGAGAAAACUAAAGCUAAUUAUGUACAAUCUAUUUUAUUGAUUAAUAACAGAAAUAGUUUUUAGCUAUUUACUAAAUAUAUGCAAGCAUCUAAAUGUUGUAAUUGUGACAAAAUCUGUUCAUAUUACCUGCAUUGGCACAUCAGCGCGUCCUUUUCUGAGAAGUUCGUUUAAUUCUUUAUCAUUAUGCGCCAUAGUGUCAUAAAAAGUGUGAUCUGAGAAAAUAAAAACCCCCACAACAAAUGCAUCAAAAACAUUAAUUUAAAUUAGAUUAAUAAU